AUGUCGAAGCUGUUCACGCCCUUGGCCAUAGGGCCUCUCCAGCUCUCCAAUAGACUAGCACUGGCGCCAUUAACAAGGUACCGCGCAGACGAUGAAUGGACUCCAACUCCAAUGAUGGAGGAGUAUUACGCCCAGAGAGGUUGCGUACCAGGGACUCUGCUCAUCUCCGAGGGAACCCUCAUCUCAUACCGCACCGCCGGGCGUCGAAACGUCCCUGGCAUCUGGAACGAUGCGCACAUCGCAGGCUGGAAGAAGGUCACUGAUGCCGUGCAUGCCAAGGGCUCCUUCAUCUACUGCCAACUCUGGCACCUCGGUCGCGGCGGCAGAGCCGACGUACUAGAAUCUCUUGGAUUACAUCUCGAAUCCUCGAGCGCGGUGCCUGUUGCUGAAGGCGCCGCCACCCCUGUAGAAAUGAGCGAAAAUGACAUCUUGCAAGUCAUCGAGGACUACGCGACAGCCGCGCGCAACGCUCUCAAGGCCGGCUUCGACGGCGUGGAGAUACACGGAGCCAACGGGUACCUUCCAGACCAGUUCCUUCAGGACACCUGCAACAAACGAAACGACGGUUGGGGUGGGAGCAUCGAGAAGCGCGCGCGGUUUCAUCUCGAGGUGACGAAAGCUGUCAUCAAUUCCGUCGGCGCCGAUAGGACGGCCGUCCGUCUGAGUCCGUACAGCGAUUUCCAGGGCAUGUUCAUGGACGACCCGGACCCGACGUUUGAGCACUUGGUUGAGCAACUGAAGCCUUUAGGGCUCGCUUAUCUCCAUCUGAUCGAAGCGCGGAUCAGCGGUAAUGAUGACACCGAUUGCGGCGGACAACGGACGGUGCGCUGGUUGAUUGAGCGUUGGCAAAAUACGAGCCCAGUCCUGCUUGCUGGCGGGCUGAAUGCCAGUUCUGCAAAGACAGCCGUGGACGAAACAUAUGAAAAGUACGAUGUCGCCGUGGUCUUUGGACGGUACUUCAUCUCGAAUCCCGAUCUUGUCUUCCGCAUCAAGAAGGGUGUCGAGCUAGACAAGUACGAACGAACGUAUUUCUACACCCCACAGCUUCCAACUGGAUACAUCGACUAUCCUUUCUGCCCCCAGUUCCAGUUGGCGGCCAAUAGUUGA